CUUAGCUCAACCAAUGAUUACCAUUUUCACCUCAUCUUUCAAAAAAGAACAUUCUCAUCUCACAAACGCACUGUCCUUUCCCUUCCCAGCAAAAGAGAAGCAUGGUUUCUAAGUGUGAGAUCCUACUUGCCUUUGCAAUAUGCUUGCUGUUUCAGUUUCACUUGUCAUCUCAGCUCCAAACCAAAGUUGAACAGCUUCCUGGCUUUCAAGGGCCUCUUCCAUUUCAACUUGAAACAGGGUAUGUGGGAUUGGGAGAAAAUGAUGAUGAUGACAUGCAAGUGUUCUACUACUUCAUCAAGUCAGAGAACAACCCUCAGAAGGACCCUCUUAUGCUUUGGCUAACUGGUGGUCCUGGUUGUUCUUCCUUUUCAGGCCUUGCCUUCCAGAUAGGUCCACUUAAAUUUGAAAUCAAGGAGUAUGAUGGGAGCGUGCCUAAUUUGGUCUUGAGGUCACAGUCCUGGACAAAGUUAUGUAGCAUUAUUUUUGUAGAUUUGCCACUUGGAACCGGCUUCUCAUAUGCAAAAAAUGUCACUGCUCAACGAAGUGACUGGAAAUUAGUUCACCAUGCCCAUCAAUUUCUCAGGAAGUGGCUGAUUGAUCACCCGGAAUUUCUUUCAAAUGAAUUUUAUAUGGGAGCUGAUUCAUACUCUGGCAUUCCUGCCCCUGCUAUUGUUCAAGAAAUUUCAAAUGGAAAUGAAAAAGGUCUCCAACCAUGGAUAAAUCUCCAGGGAUAUCUGCUUGGGAACCCUAUUACAACAUACAGAGAAUUAAAUUAUCAAAUCCCAUUUGCUCAUGGAAUGGGUCUUAUUUCUGAUGAACUCUAUGAGGCACUGCAGAAAAACUGUAAAGGAGAAUAUCAAGACAUAGAUUCCAGGAAUGAAUUGUGUUCGAGAGAUGUUAAGUACUUUAAUGAGUGUCUUUCAGGAAUUAAUACGUUUAAUAUUUUGGAUAGCAAAUGUGAAGAUGAUUCGCGUCUCUGGCGGAGAUCUCUGACGCAGAAUUUGGAGGCCUCUCUUAGUUCUCAUCUCACAGUGCCAGAAUUAAGCUGCCAAAUUUAUAGUUUUUUCCUCGCCACUAAGUGGGCUAAUGAUGAGAGUGUUCGCAAGGCGCUGCAUAUUCGAGAGGGAACUAUUGGGAAAUGGACACGUUGUUACACUACUGAUUUUGAGUAUGAUAUCCAUGAUAGCUUUGAGUUUCAUGUAAAUCUCAGUGCGAAAGGUUACCGUUCCUUGAUUUACAGUGGGGAUCAUGAUGCAGAAGUUCCUUUCAUGUCUACUCAAGCGUGGAUAAGGGCUCUAAAUUACUCCAUUGUGGACGAUUGGAGGUCGUGGCUUGUUAAUGGCCAAGUCGCAGGAUACACGAGGACUUACUCGAAUCGAAUGACAUUUGCAACUGUGAAGGGUGCAGGACAUACUGCUCCUGAGUACAAGCCUGAUGAAGCUUUUGCCAUGUUCACUAGGUGGUUAUCUAACAUGCCUUUGUAACCUAGUAACUAAGAGUAUAGAAACUUGACAGUCAAUGUUUAAACGUGCUGUGUAUUGAGUGAGUAAUGUAGUAGCAAAUAAGCAUCCCUGUUAUAGUGCAGUGUUUGUGGAUUGGCUCGAUUUGUAAGAGUAAAGCCAUCCUAUUGAAACCUUUAUAAUUUUCUUAUUUUAUCAUUGAAUUGGUUUGAUUUUAAUUUGAAAUUAAAUUCUGAUCCAAAA